AUGGACCUGUUCAACUGUCCAACCCUGAUGGGCAAACGCAGCAGGCAGCAGAGUGCAUCUGGAGGCCAGAAGGCUGAAAGGGACCCUGGUUUUGGAGAUCCAAAGCCUGCCCACCAGUCCAAGCCACAGAAACGCACAGUGUUCACCCCGGAACAGGCGGAGGUGCUGAACGCCUUCUUUGAGCGGAAGCAGUACGUGGAUUCCUGUGAGAAACGUUACCUCGCCCGUAGCCUGGGUCUGGAGGAGCGACAAGUGCAGGUGUGGUUCAAGAACCGCCGGGCCAAACUGGCUAGAGAACGUCGCCAGAAUGGAAAUCAGAAUCCUCAAGACCAAGGGGCCUCAGACAAGUCCCUCCCUGCCCAGGAGCCCUGCGACUUGCCAGGGGAGCCAGGAUCUUGCCAGCGCCCUCUAAGCAGCUCCUUUGGCAACUUCUCAUCAGUAGACCCGACGAGCUCCAGUCAUGACCUCCACGGGAUGGUCCCUGCACAGAACCCUCCAGCCAUACACCAGGUGGGUCCUGACACCCAGGAGAUCCACCAGUUCCAGCUGACCACCCAGGAGAUGGAGUUUCUCACCCAGCACCUCAGUCUUUUCACCCUGGAGCUCAACCUUUCAAUGGACCAUAUCCAACUUCCACCCACCAGCUAG